AUGGCAGCCCCCGAAGGCGUCGCCCACGGCCGUGCAUUCCGUACAACAUGGCCGCCUACAGAGAGCGCAUCGCAGCUCCCGCCCGGCCACCGGAAGUUUCCGUUUGAAACCCGGGCGGCAGACCCGGUCUGCGGUACGGCAGUUAUUGCCGAGCAUCUUUCGAACCAGAGCGACGAGGCCUGCGGGCAGGAGCAGCAGGCGUCUGGGCCCCAGCCGUGCCGCCUCGUUACGAUGACCAGCGUGGUCAAGACAGUGUACACCCUGCAGCCCCCCUCUGUGCUGAGCAGCGGCCUGUCCGCAGAUGCACAAGCUCGAACCACUUCUAAGAGCCUAUUACCUGUUAGGUCCAAAGAAGUCGAUGUUUCCCGACCUCACUUAGGAGAUUCAGAAAAUGAUGUUACAAAAAUCAUCAAACCAAGACGAGACAAUGGGCAGCUGAGAGCUACAGACACUGCCACCAGGAGGAACAUCAGGAAGAGCUAUAAGCCACUGAGUAAAGAGAAAUCAGAGGAAGAGCUCAAGGAUAAGAACCAGCUCUUAGAGGCCGUCAACAAGCAGUUGCACCAGAAGUUGAUUGAAACUCAGGGAGAGCUGAAGGACUUGACCCAAAAAGUGGAGCUGCUGGAGAAGUUUCAGGACAGCUGUCUGGCAAUUUUGGAGAGCAAGGGCCUCAACCCAGGCAGUGAGACCCUGGCGGCACGGCAAGACUCCACCACGGAUCACAUGGACUCGAUGCUGCUGUUAGAAACUUUGCAAGAUGAACUGAAGCUUUUUAACGAAACAGCCAAAAAGCAGAUGGAGGAGUUACAGGUUCUUAAAAUAGAAGAUAAGCCUCCUGUCUCCCCUCUACUGUGCAUUGUGUAUCUGCAUUUUGCCUCAACAAAACCUUCCCCGCUGGCAGAAAUACCUGCUCAUCCAUAAACAGCAACAUCCUCCUAGCAGGAACAAGGCAACGCCUUAAAAGACAACAUUUCUUCCUGAUCUUGUAAAGGGGUCACAACGACCCAUCAGUUUGCACUUGCCGAUCUGGAUUGUGUAAACUGUCAGUGAUACGUCAUCUAAUGUAUGGCUCUGUCUCACAAAACUUAUGUAACUGUGUUUUGACUUCUAACAGGCAGAACAGUUCUUGGAACACAAAUUUGAGGGUUACAGUACUCAGAUUUGGCUCAAAUAAAAGUUUCCAUUUCUUUCAUA